AUGUUUCCGCCGUAUGCUACACCCGAGCCCGAUAUUAACGACCAAUUUCAACCUCAAGGCACUCCCUACAACAAGCCGGUGGCCAACUUUACCUGGGCUAUGCCAGAAGGUCUUGGCCCCAUCAACACCAACAACCUCUCACAGUAUGGAUACACUUCUUCAGAAUCGCCCUUGGUCAUGAGUGCCUCGUCCAAUGGCUACCCGAGCGCAGACCUGGCUCUUCUAAGUCGAUCCAACUUUAAUCCCCAACCCAACUUCCUAGCAGGUACUGAAUGGUCGUGGCCAAACACACAACAUGAAUCAUACUCCCAAUCGCUCGUUCCUACAGGCACUCCCCAUGCUAGGGAAGUCCUGGCCAAGUUGCGGACUUGCAUUCACCUGUUUCUCAGCACCAGGCAAAUACUACGGAACGUUCGCCAAAAGAACCGGCGACACAGUGCUUCAGACUGCCACCCAUGGAUUACUGGUCGUAAAAACGCCAGCUAUCCUGUCCCGACUCUAAAUACGUCCGGUUCGGACCUUGGGGCCUUGGGCAACCUAUCAAAUGAACAGCAAGCCAACUUGCUCAACUUUCCCGACUACACUGGCUACACCGACUCGGUGAUAAUAACCUAUUAUUACCGCCACAAGAACCUAUACCUCGGAGGAUAA